AUGAAACCUUUCAUAUUGAGAGCAGGAUUUUUAGCUGAUAUGAACUUUGAAACCUUUAGCUCGAUCAUCAAAAUAACUGAAAAUACUAAAGAAUCUGGUUUCAGAAGUACGCUUUUCAUCGAGGAUAUAUUUCAAGUAAUAGUUUCAUUAAUGAUGAUGUAUGUUUACCCCUUCAUGAUCUGGAAAUACGAUAGAAUUGUUAUGACUGUCGUUCAUAUGAAAAGAGUCCUUGAGAACAAUGAUAAACUUGGACAAGCCAUGGUUAAAAAGUCUUACGAGAAAUCGAAUCGUUUCAGUUUGUUUAUAACUAUGUUAUUCAUCCCAAUUACUGUAACCUUUGCAAUUGCACCAUUGGUUAUUCCAAUUUUAUCGACACAAUUUUUACCAGGAAAUCAAACGUUUCAAAAAGCUCUACCGCUUCAUGAGGAAUUUUUUGUUGACGAGGAAAAAUACUUUUAUUAUUUGUUUGCAUUGCAGUUCCUAACUAUUAUGAUAUAUUGUACCAUAAUAGAAGGGCUAAACACUCUUUUGUAUUCAGGCGUAGGAUUUAUCGUCGGUGAACUUCAAUACUUACAAUAUUAUUUGGAAAAAACCGACUCUUGCUACAACGACAUGGUAUCUGAAUGUAAGGAUAUCGCUUACAACUUCCUUACCAAGAGUCUUGUGUAUUUUAUCGAGCAACAUCAAAAAUGUAUCAAGCUAUACGAAAUUUUAUACCUCUUAACCGAAUCAAUCAUGUUCGUGUCAAUGCUGGGUUGCUCUACUAGCCUCAUCAUAGCCUGUUCUGGGAUGGUAAUUUUUAUGGACUCAGACGUGUCAAUGGCUCUAAAAAUGUUGGUUUUGUGCAUCGCCACUUUGUCGGUAAUCCUAUUCAUAUGUAUCCCUGGUCAAUUUUUGAGUGAUGCUGGCGAUGAGCUCUUUACUAAAUGUUAUUGUGUCGAUUGGCACGGAUACCCGCCAAAAGCUCGAAUAUUGUUGGUCUUAAUACUAUUAAGAACUAUGAAACCUUUGCAAUUGAAAGCAGGAUUUUUAGCCGUUUUGAGCUUCGAAACCUUCAGCUCCGUAUUAAAAAAGUCAAUGUCAUUCGUAACAGCUUUUCGAUCGAUAUAUGCUACGCUUUGA